AUGGCGACCCAGGCAGAUAUUGCGUCAGCUCUUACUGAUGACGACAAAGUUUACAUCUUUCAAUUGCUCGACGCUAAUCUCAACUCUAGAAUUCUCUACGCGCUAUUGCAUGGCAUCUAUACCGGUAUUCUUGCUGUUACCCUGUGGAAUAUAUUCAUCAACAAAUGCUGGCCAAUUCGACGAGCUAUGAUCGCCGUUAUCACGCUCCUCUAUACUCUGAUUACUAUCAGUUUUGGUGCCAGUUGGUCACAUACAUACUCCGCAUUCAUUGAUGAUGGACAAAGUUUUUGGACCGUAUAUCUGAAUCUUAGCGGUGUGACCCAAGCACUUUACUGGGAGAUCAGUAUCACAGCCUUCGUCAGUACCAUUCUCGCAGACUUAUAUAUGAUUUGGUGCUGCUGGAUGGUUUGGGGACGACGUUGUCUUGUUAUUCUCCUUCCAAUGUUUUCCCUGGCUUCCGCAAUCGUAUCAAAAAUCAUAACAGUGUAUUACGACUACGUCAAUGCACCUGCGGACAUAUUUCUUAUACUCUAUAUAUCAUCUAUUCUGGCGACGACAUUAUCAUGCACCUUGCUUAUCAUUUACCGCAUUAUGACUAUCACCGGGGUUCGCCAUGGAGCUGAGGGUCGACUAAAAGUUUACCACCAUUUCGUUGAAGUACUAGUAGAGUCUUCAGCUCUCUAUUCAAUAACUCUGAUCAUAUUUUUGGCGUUCGCCAUUCGCAACCACCAGGGACAAUAUUAUCUUGAUAUCGCAGCCAGCAUCGCGAAGGGGAUUGCACCCACACACCUUGUUGGUCGGGUAGCGGCAGGACACGCGCGCCCAAAUGAAGAACGUGAUGAAACUUCCCUGGUGUCUACCAUUCAUUUCCAGACGUCUUCGCAAUCUUCGCAACCUUUCACUUCAAGCUUUCAGGAAUCCACCAUGCAAAGCGCAGCCCUUGAAAUGGACAUUGAAGCCCAGAUGGAGAAUUAG